AAGUAGUUUAUUGGCAAAACGGUCACUGUAAAGUCAGUUCAUUGUCAUUUGUCAGCGAGUCCACAACAGAGGUCCGCAACUAGUCAGUAAACUCAGAUAUCAUUCAAGUGAACUCAUUUUUGCGCAACUCUCAUAGUUUCGUGUUUCAACCUUCGCUGUUGUGUGAUAAUUCGACAAAUUCAUCGUUUUUGAAUCGCAAUGGAUUGGCGGACGGCUGUAGUGACGUUAUGCUUGGUGCUGUACGCAGACGGUUAUUCCAAAUAUGGGAGGACAUGCAAAGAUAUUGGGUGCCUCAACAGUGAAGUGUGCGUGCUAGCUGAAGACCCUUGCUCUUAUGGUCACACAAAAGAUUGUGGCACAUAUCCCACAUGCAAAAAGAAGUCACAAGUUGAAGGAUCUCAUGCUGAGCCCGCUGCGCCUCCAGCACCAAGGCCGACAACGCACAAACCUCCCAUGAGGGACUUUGAUAUCGCCCCCAACUACCCACCACCCGCUCCGCCUUCAGGAGGCCAUUCGCCUUACGGUGGAAGCUCGAAUACCGGGGGUAAUUCGCCUUACGGAGGAAAUUCGCCUUACGGUGGCAAUUCACCAUACGGCGGGAGCAACACCGGCGGUGGGUCGCCCUACGGAGGUAGUUCACCGUACGGCGGGAGCAACACCGGCGGUGGGUCGCCGUACGGAGGUAGUUCACCAUACGGCGGGAGCUCCAACAACGGAGGUGGCUCGCCUUAUGGUGGCAGUUCCCCCUACGGCGGCAAUUCCCCCUACGGAGGAAGCAAUCCCGGUGGAUCGCCUUAUGGUGGCAACUCGCCCUAUGGCGGAAAUUCACCUUACGGCGGAAACUCGCCCUAUGGUGGCAGCUCGAAUAGAGGCGGCAGCAACCCCUAUGGAGGUAAUAGCCCUUAUGGUGGCUCUAGCUCUGGAGGUCAUGGAUCUAGUGGCAGUGGAAGCCCCCUCGACAGCAUUUUGAACUCCCUGAGUAAAUACGCCAGCGGUGGGGGAGGUCACUCCUCAGGUUCCGGCGGCAGCAGUGGUGGCAGCGGUCUCUCCAACAUCUUCGGAAACAUCCUCGGGAACCUCUCCAAGAACGGUGGCAUCAACAACUUGUUCAAUACCCGACCGAUCAUGGAGAAUCCUAGCUACUCCUCGCACAGUACCAAUUCGAGGAGUUCUAACCCACAAACUUAUCCAUCAGGAUACCCGCCGCAAAACCAACAGACCUAUCAGAACAGAAACUAUGGGCAGGCCAAUGCUGGUCGCAGUGCAAGUACUACUCACAAACCGGUGUCCUACGGCUGGAAUGUUGGUGUGACUGUGGUGUUGACGUACCUGAUACACCAGUACAUCCAGAGUAUGAUACGACAUUAGUGCUAUUUGUAAGGUGCCUUACCAUUUAACAAUUUAUAUUAUAGUUGUAAAUUUGCCUAUUAAAUUUUACCUUUUAAAAUUAACAA